CUUUUCCAACCACAGACUCUCCUCUUCAUGCCUCUGUGCGUCUCACGAUAAAAAUAGAACAAUUUUAGCCUUUUCCAAAUGAGCUGUGACACAUGUGCCACCUCCCCAGCAUGCCACUUGCGACCAUCCAUGAGUGUGACCAACUCCUCUGCCUAUCGAUCGGAGCGCAGUUUCCACCAGACUUCGUCCUCGACCUCGUCCUCUUGCAACCCUUACAUGGAGAAGAGCCGGGGGCUUUUCACCGAGGAUUUUGGAUCCUUCAUGAGGCCUGGGAGUGACUCCUUGGGAUUUUCCAGUGGGGCUGGAAAUAUCAAAACUAUUGACGAUUCGUAUCAGUUCACAGUUGACGUCCGAGACUUCUCUCCAGAGGAUGUGAUCGUAACAACAUCCAACAAUCAGAUAGAAGUCCGUGCGGAAAAGUUGGCCCAAGAUGGUUCAGUCAUGAACACUUUCACCCACAAGUGCCAACUCCCUGAAGACGUGGACCCGACCUCGGUGACGUCGUCCCUGGGCCUUGAGGGGACUCUGACAGUGCGGGCGCGCAGACAGCCGGCUAAACAUGAGAUCGCACAGACCUUCCGCACUGAGAUCAAAAUCUAGAGACAGACUGACUUCGUCAGCACAAACUCACCACUUUUUGUGUUUUUAGAGCUAACAAAUGUACCUUCGA